AUGAGCAAGGUGAUGCAGUACCAUGGGUGUCGCAGCAACAUCAAGGAUCGAAAUAAAGUGACUGAGGUGGAAGACAAGUUUGACUUAGUCGUCGAUGCCAAUGAUGCUAUUCUGGAAAGAGUGGGCAUCCUACUGGAUGAAGCAUCGGGCGUGAACAAGAAUCAACAGCCUGUCCUCCCCGCAGGACUGCAGGUCCCCAAAACCAUCGUGUCCAGCUGGAACCGGAAGGCAGGAGAAUAUAGCAAAAAAACAAAAUCUGAAACUUUCCGGCUGCUUCACGCAAAAAACAUCCUCCGGCCUCAGCUCAAGUUUCGAGAGAAGAUCGACAAUUCCAACACCCCGUUUCUCCCCAAAAUCUUCAUCAAGCCCAAUGCUCAAAAGGCCCUCCCUCAGGCACUUUCCAAAGAGAGGCGGGAGCGCCCACAGGAUCGUCCUGAAGACUUGGAUGUCCCACCUGCCCUGGCGGAUUUCAUCCAUCAGCAGAGAACCCAGCAGGUUGAGCAAGACAUGUUUGCACACCCUUAUCAGUAUGAGCUAGAUCACUUUACACCCCCAGAUUCAGCCCUGCAGAGGCCACAGCCCCAGCUAUACAGACCUGUAGAAGAAACACCCUGCCAUUUCAUAUCCUCCCUGGACGAACUUGUGGCGCUCAACGAGAAGCUCUUGAACUGCAAAGAAUUUGCUGUGGACUUGGAGCACCAUUCGUACAGGAGCUUCCUGGGACUCACCUGCCUGAUGCAAAUCUCCACUCGCUCGGAAGACUUCAUCGUGGACACCCUGGAGCUCCGCAGUGACAUGUACAUCCUCAACGAGAGCCUGACAGACCCCGCCAUCGUGAAGGUCUUCCAUGGUGCCGAUUCGGACAUUGAGUGGCUGCAGAAAGACUUUGGGCUGUACGUGGUCAACAUGUUUGAUACCCACCAGGCAGCGCGCCUACUGAACCUGGGCAGGCACUCGCUGGACCACCUGCUGAAACACUACUGCAGUGUGCAGUCGAACAAGCAGUACCAGCUGGCGGACUGGCGAAUACGACCUCUGCCGGAGGAGAUGCUGUACUACGCCCGUGACGACACGCAUUACCUCCUCUACAUCUACGACAAAAUGCGGCUGGAACUGUGGGAGCGAGGCAAUGAGCGGCCGGUGCACUUGCAGGUGGUCUGGCAGCGGAGCAGGGACAUCUGCCUCAAGAGAUUCACCAAGCCCAUUUACACGGAUGAGUCCUACCUUGACCUGUACCGGAAGCAAAAGAAGCACCUCAACACCCAGCAGUUGACGGCCUUCCAGCUGCUGUUUGCCUGGAGGGACAGAACAGCCCGCAGGGAGGAUGAGAGUUACGGAUACGUCCUGCCGAACCACAUGAUGCUGAAGAUAUCCGAGGAACUGCCAAAGGAACCUCAGGGCAUCGUCGCGUGCUGUAACCCCGUGCCACCUCUUGUUCGGCAGCAGAUCAAUGAACUGCACCUGCUCAUCCAGCAGGCUCGAGAGAUGCCCUUGCUCAAGUCUGAAGCUGCGGCUGGCGUGAAGAAGAGUGGACCGCAGCCCCACCCUGAGAGGUUGGAGAAUGUUCUUUUUGGGCCUCAUGACUGCUCCCAUGCCCCUCCGGAUGGCUGUCCCCUCGCCCCAACCAAAGGCCCUGUGCCACUUCAGAAACAGCCUGGCCUCUUCCCGGACCAGGAGGAGGAGGAAGAGGAGGCCUCCCUGGAUACCAAAUGCCUGCUUGCUGCUGCUGUCAUCACCUUGUUUAGCGAGCCUAGUGCUGGGGAAAAUGGAAAGUGUCCCCUAACAGUUGCACAGAAAAAGGCCCAGAGCAUAAUGGAGUCCUUUGAAAAUCCAUUUCGAAUGUACCUGCCCUCAUGCCAUCGCCGGGCCCACGUCUCGCAGGCAGCCAAGUUUGACCCAUCCUCCAAAAUCUACGAAAUUAGCAGCCGCUGGAAGCUGGCAAGCCAGGUACAGGCACCCAAAGACUCUAAAGAAACUGCAAAGAAGGCAGCUGAGCAGACAGCCGCCCGGGAGCAGGCGAAGGAAGAGUACAAAGCCACCGUGGAACAGGCUGUGUCCGUGCGACAGCAGGCCGCGCUGGAGAUUGCGGUCAAAAAGAGAGAGCGUACGACGAGCGACCCGAAGACCACGGAGCAGAAGCAAGGCAAGAAACGGCUCAAAGUCUCCAAGAAGCCCAAGGGCCCAGACGCCGUGGAGAGAGAGUUCACCCCUUACGAUUACAGCAAGUCCGAUUUCAAGGCUUUUGCAGGAAACAGCAAAGCCAAGCCUUCCCAAUUUGAUCCGAAUCAGCAGACGCCAGCUGGCAAGAAAUGCAUCGCAGCCAAAAAACGGAAGCAGGCAACGGGAAACAAAAGCAUGUCCUUCCCCACUGGAACAUCGGACAGAGGUUUCAGACACCAUUGGCCAAAGAGAUAGCGUUGGACGAGACCUUGGGGAGGCCCCCGUGGACUGGAAGUAUCCAAUGGGGGUGCUGGUUUUGUACAAACUUACUUUUAAACCAUUAAAAAUAAUUCCUCCUGGA